AUGGGGCCGCAUUCAAGCCAAAGACCACAGCCUAUGUCCUUGUUGAUAAGGAAGUUAAAGUUUAAUACAUCACCAUCAAUGGUUAGAGAAAAAUUUAAAAAGUUUGGAGCAAUUAAAGAUGUAUAUUUACCAAUAGAUUAUUAUACAAAAGAGCCAAGAGGGUUUGGGUUUGUCGAAUUUUAUGAUCCUAAAGAUGCUGAAGAAGCUUUAAAAGAAAUGAAUGGAAGUGAAAUAGAUGGAAAUAAAAUUGAGGUUUUUGUAGCUCAAAAAGGUAGGUCAGAUCCUAGAGUUAUGAGAUAUAAAGAAAGAGGUGGAGGACCAGGAUAUAGAAAAUACCCUGACAAUAGAUUAAAAAGAAGAUAUACAUCAAGAUCGAAUUCAAGAUAUGGUUCAUAUUCACGUGAUAAAAUGAGAAGACGUGAUAGAUCGAGAGAAAGAAUAAGAUAUAGAGAUAGUUAUGAUAGGAAUAUGGGAAAUAGUUAUAGAGAUAGAAAAAAUAAUUAUGUAAAGGGAUAUAAUCGAUAUAGAAGCAGAGAUCGUGGUCGAAGUUUUAGUAGAGACCGUAGAUCUAGAGGUUAUAGAAAUGAUAGCCCAAGAUAUCGAGACAAAAGAAGAUAUAAUAGAAGUGUUAGUAGAAGUGGAGAUAGAAAUAGUAAACAUAAUAAAAAAGAUUAUAAAUCAAAACAUAGUAAUGAUAGAUAUAGUAAUGAGAGUGGCAAUUCAAGUAAACGAUCAAGAAAACAAAUGGUUUCAAAAUCCAUUUCAUUCAAUACUGAAAGGGAUGAUGAAAAACGAAGAAAUGAUAAUACAGAAGAAAGAGAAAAUUCAAAAGAAUGGAGAGAAAGUAAAGAUAGGGAUAAUUCUGAUGAUGAUAAAAAUUCGGUUAAUAGUCAAGAAGCAGAAUCAAGUUAA